UCUCCUCGCAUCCACGACCAAAAAAUGUGGCAGAGAAAAAUGGAGAUUGGGAGACGGGAUUGUGGGGCCCGGCCACCGAGUUGAAGCUGCUGGUGUGGUGACUGGUGAGUGAGCUGCCACUGCCACUGCCAGGCCGACCCUAUUAAUUGCCUGCUUUGACCUCACCCUUCCCCUUCCUCUAUCUGGUUCCGGCGUCGCUCGCUGGGCUGGUGGCGGUGGUUGGAACGACGGCGUCAGCUGCUUCGCCGAAUCCAACACCCGAAACCAAUGGCCGCGAGCUGAGCUGAGGUGAGGUCUUGUCUCCGAGAGAAGGGCAUCUGAGAGAUUCCAAGCCGGCGAGGUUCAGGCUGCUCGAUUCCCCGGCGAUUGAAUCCUCCGGAAGGGCAAGGAAUUGUGUGGGGGGAUCUUCUUCGCGCACGCAGGAACAAGAACAAGCCAGCUGAAUUCCUCGCCGGCGCAGCAGCAGCAACCCGGCGGAGCAUGCGCCGCGUCCGGGUCUCCUCCCACAACGCCCCCGUCCACAAGCUCGGCGACGCGCAGAUGGCGCUCACGCCCAAGUUCCGCCUCGCCACCACCAACACCCCCGCGCCGCCGCCGCCCCCGGAGGACCUGCAGCAGCCGGCCUGGGACACGCCGCUGAUCCCGGGCCUCCCCGACGACGCCGCGCUGACCUGCCUCCUCCGCCUCCCCGUCGCGGCGCACGGCGCCUGCCGCCUCGUGUGCCGCCGCUGGCACCACCUCCUCGCCGACAAGGCCCGGUUCUUCUCCCAGCGGCGGGCGCUGGGCCUCCGGUCCCCCUGGCUCUUCACCCUCGCCUUCCACCGCUGCACGGGGAAGAUCCAGUGGAAGGUGCUCGACCUCGGCCACCUCGCCUGGCACGCCAUCCCGGCCAUGCCGUGCCGGGACCGGGCCUGCCCGCGCGGCUUCGGCUGCGUCGCCGUCCCCGGCGACGGCGCGCUCCUCGUCUGCGGCGGCCUCGUCUCCGACAUGGACUGCCCGCUCCACCUCGUGCUCAGGUACGACGUCUACAGGAACAGGUGGACCGUCGUGACCCGGAUGCUCGCCGCCCGCUCCUUCUUCGCCGGCGGCGUCAUUGAUGGCCGGGUCUAUGUCGCCGGAGGCUACAGCACCAACCAGUUUGAGCUCAAUUCGGCUGAGGUUCUUGAUCCGGACAAGGGCGUUUGGCAGCCGAUCGCUAGUAUGGGCAUAAACAUGGCUUCAUCUGAUUCAGCUGUGAUCAGUGGUAGGCUGUAUGUCACUGAAGGAUGCGCGUGGCCGUUCUUCUCGUCGCCGAGAGGGCAGAUCUAUGACCCAAAGAUCAACCAGUGGGAGGCGAUGCCGGUCGGGAUGAGGGAAGGUUGGACAGGGCAGAGUGUGGUCAUUGACGGGCGUCUGUUUGUGAUUUCAGAGUAUGAGAGGAUGAAGGUUAAGAUCUAUGAUCCGGAGACAGAUUCAUGGGACUCGGUCAGUGGUCCUCCGAUGCCCGAGCGGAUUAUGAAGCCCUUCUCGGUCAGUUGUCUGGACAGCAGGAUAGUUGUCGUCGGCCGAGGUCUCCAUGUAGCCAUUGGGUAUGUUGAUAAGCAGCCUGCUGGUGGCGGCAAUUCUGGUAACAGGAGUUCAAGCUACUCCGUUUGUUGGCAAGAUGUGGAUGUUCCCAAGGAAUUCAGUGAUCUGACACCUUCAAGCAGCCAGAUUCUGCAUGCUUAAUUCAUCUUUUGAGCCACCUUCUCCGGUACUAUGAUCGAUCAACUGUUUAAACUGCCCAUCUGAGCUGUGCAACUGGGGUGUUCUGUAUAGUAGGCUCUUUCCCAGUCAGAUCUCUAUGAUCUGGAGCUGUUGUAUUCUAUACCUGUCAAGAAAUAAAUCGAGUUUCUUCAAAACCGAGGGACUUAUAUAAGUAGGUGCUUGUCAGUUCAUGAACAGUAAGUUGUUCUAUUUCUCUGUGGGUCUUUAUAUUGGUCAGAAUUGUUUGCUGAAUGCAUUGUGCCAAAUGCGUUUUGCUUUGUUGACAAACUGAUAGCAUAACUGCACUUGUAACGAGUCUCUCUCUAUAAAUUACUUGCAGAUUGCAGUACAUUGCAUAAAUGUGCUUAUUGCAGUUAGCAAGCUGUUGAUUCCUUCA